AUGGCUCUUUUUCAAUCUCUCCACGUUGCCAUUCGUAUCUGCGAUGAGUAUCUCGGCAGCAUGGAGCGACGUGGGCUGGUUCAGUCCGUUCUGCAAAUUCACUUCCAAGAAACCCUUCGCAUUCUGAACGAGAAGGAUGGCCUUCGUGAGCCAGCCGGCACCAGUCGUGGAGCUGCAAACGCGGCGGAAACAGAAGAUGGACGCCACUUGACUGUGCCAAAAACGCUAUUCAUCCCCGAGAUACAGUUGGAGGCUGCCGCGACCAAGAAGGAAAUGUCACUGCUUCAACAGCUUGAUUCGGCAUCUUCGAGGGAGAAGCAUGGUCUAUUAUCUCAAAUUAACCUCGUAGCGGUUCGGAAGAGGGUGAUUGAGGUCGUUUACAACCAGCUGAAAAGCGAAGUGGCCCGAGAAGAAGAUCCGUUAGAGCAAGCUGAGACGAAGGAGAUGCUAGAGCUAAUGAAGGGACAACACGAUCAGCAGAUCAAUGACAUAUGGUGCGCGUUGAUUGUCCGCAUGGUGUGUUGGUUGAUGUUGCACGACUUCCACCCCAAGGAUGCCCACAUUGACAAGGGUAACACAUACGGGAGCCGGCUGGCAGUAUAUAUCACCUAG